AUGAGCUGGCCUUGGCAGGUACUGCGCGCCCUGCGCCUGCGGCUCUUUGGACCCGUCAAGGAGCUGGUGGGCACCGACCAGUUCGGCAACAAGUACUACCGGGUGCCUAAGCACGAGACGCGCGCAGGGCAGAUUAUACCAGAAAGAAGAUUUGUAGAAGCAAUAAAUCGUGAAGCGUAUCAGUAUCAAAUGGGUGACUUUCCAACAGAAUGGGAAGCAUGGAUAAGAAAGAAAAGAAAUGAUCCACCCACCAUUGAGGAGAUUCUUAAGAAUGAAAAUUACAGAGAAGAAAUGAAACAGAAAAUCAAAGAUGUAAUUGAAAAGGAUAAGCUGCUUCAGGCCAAGGAAUACAAGGAGGGACUUGUUGCUGAACCAGUUCAGACUCGUGUCAAAGGCCAUGCAUCUGCCCCAUACUACGGAAAGAGCGAGCCUUCACAAGAUCCAACUAGCACUGCAAGUACUUUUCAGCCAGGCUCCUGGAUGCCACCAGGCAGUGGUAGUAGUCAUAAAAAAUAAUGCAAUGGUAAUGUAUAGAUGCCACUUAAUGGAUAAAUAGUUAACA